AUGGUAAAUACUGCUUCGGAUCCAGAGGAAAAGGCACAGCGCCUCGCAUUAUGGAAUAUAGAUACAUUCAAAAUGAAAUCCAAUGCUAUCCUGAUCGAUGUUCCACAGGGAACCGAGGAAAUGUUUGCCACAUCGUUCACGAACGAGGAAAAUCGAAAAGUCGUCUUAAAUUUGGCUCAAAAGCUUGUUCACGCCGGUCUGUCUAAGCCCGAAGAUAUUGUUAUCUUGGUCGGAUAUGCGGCACAGUGGCGUCUCUACAUCAAGGAUCUACAGGCUACUUAG